AUGUUGGAUCCUCUAGCUUAGUAUCUGGCUUCACCUAAGCAUCAUGUCAGCUUUUAUUUCACAGCCAGCACUGAUUAAACAGGUAGUCUGAAGUGUUAUGGAGAGCUAGACUGCAAAAGUCAAGGUGUUUUUUUUCUCUCUCAGGUUUGGGGCUAAUGCUAAUGCUAAUGCUAGUCGUGGUAGUGAUGUGUCAGGUAGCUUCCAUGGCAACUGUGUAAACUGUAACUGUGUUAGUGUCGGAUAAACACCUGCAGUGUAAACAUGCAGUUCAGAGAGUUCACAGUGUGAAGACCUUUUAGAGGUGAGUGAGGCAGCUUCUAGGGAUGGAUGGAUGGAUGGAUGGAUGGAUGGACAUCACUGGAGACAAAUAGACUGCUGCUGAGAAAGGUGAAGAGACACAAGAGAGAUUCAGAUGAACACCUUUAGAAAGAAGGAAGAUCUGCCUUGUUGGAGAAACAAACACGCUGAGAGCCAGAUGAACACCCGCAGGGAUGGAAGAGGUGGGCGGACCCGCGAGCGCAGACUGAGGCAAAGACAGCGGAAAUGGACCAGGACUAUGAGAGACGACUCCUCAGGCAGAUCAACCACCAGAACCUGCCCAACGGUCACGUGUCCAAGUCUGGCUUUGCCUCAUGCAGUCCAGUCAGUGUUAAGUCGGGCGACAGGUUCAUACCUACUCGUGCAGGAAGCAACUGGAGCAUCAACUUCCAUUAUGCCAACGAAAACUGCUGGUCACCUAACCAGAAUCAGCGCUCAAAAGACGCCAGUACUGACAGUGGAAAGGACACGGUGGCCUAUGCUGCUCUGCUGCGGAACGAGCUUCUGGGUGCGGGCAUCGAGACCGUACCCGACCCUCACACAGACGACCGACGGCAUGCCAUCCUCUCACAGGACAUACACAGCCUGUUCAGGUACACGAUUCACACAAAGAGAGUGCCUUUUGACAGCGGCAAUGAAAUCUCUCCAUAUUCCCUCUCUCCUCUCAGCAACAAAAGCCACAAGCUGUUGCGGUCACCGCGAAAGCCGGCACGAAAGAUCUCCAAAAUUCCCUUCAAAGUUCUGGAUGCCCCGGAGCUGCAGGAUGACUUCUAUCUCAAUCUGGUAGACUGGUCAGCCGGGAACCUGCUCAGUGUUGGUCUCGGUGCUUGUGUGUAUCUGUGGAGUGCCUGUACCAGUCAGGUGACGAGGUUGUGUGAUUUGUCAGUGGAUGGAGACUCUGUGACUUCAGUCUGCUGGAAUGAGAGGGGAAGCUUGGUCGCUGUCGGAACCCACAAAGGUUUUGUGCAGAUAUGGGACGCAGCCGGAGGGAGGAAGCUAACCAGCCUGGAAGGUCACUCGGCUCGAGUCGGAGCUUUGGCGUGGAACGGCGAGCAGCUUUCCUCGGGCAGCAGGGACAGGGUGAUCCUGCAGAGGGACGUCCGAGCGCCGCCUGCUGCUGAGAGGAGGUUACAGGGACACAGGCAGGAAGUCUGUGGCCUUAAGUGGUCUCCUGACCACCAGCAUCUCGCCUCCGGAGGCAACGACAACAAGCUGCUGGUGUGGAACAGCUCGAGCCUGGUGCCCGUGCAGCAAUACAGCGAGCACUUAGCGGCGGUGAAGGCCAUCGCCUGGUCGCCCCAUCAGCACGGCCUCUUGGCGUCCGGAGGAGGUACGGCUGACCGCUGCCUGCGCUUCUGGAACACACUCACAGGACAGGCGCUGCAGAGCACAGACACCGGCUCACAGGUCUGCAACUUGGCCUGGUCCAAACAUGCCAACGAGCUGGUCAGCACACACGGCUACUCACAAAACCAGAUCCUGGUGUGGAAAUAUCCUUCCCUCACGCAGGUGGCCAAGCUGACCGGACAUUCGUACCGUGUGCUUUACUUGGCUGUGUCUCCAGACGGAGAAGCUAUAGUGACAGGAGCAGGAGAUGAGACGCUCAGGUUCUGGAACGUCUUCAGCAAAACACGCUGCACCAAGGAAUCCAAGUCAGUGUUGAACCUGUUCACCAGGAUACGGUAGUGUCCGAGGCAAGAGGAGGGACUUGCGAGAGAACCCGACGCCUCUUCCUCGUCUCCGCGCUCCUCCCUGCGUCUGUCAGAAAUCCCACAGUCUGUUUAUGUUAGCGCACCGACUUUCUUAUUACUGUAUUACGUGAAAAUCCAGAAAGAUGUGGUGUAUUGUAAGUAGAGAGAAACGGUUUAUCUAUACGUCCUGUCGGAACGGCGAUCGGUCCGUUAUGAUAUUUUCGCUAUUUUGCAGACGGGAUCUCGUCAUCCGGCGGAUCGCCGUACGGAAAUAAACACACUGCUGCAGGUUCUCUGUUAGUAGUUUAUGGAAA